AUUGUCUAAAAGAUGUAAUAGUCAGCAUAAAACACAUUUGACCGGCGAUUGAAUAGGGACCAAGAUGUAUACAUCAUGUGGGUGUAACACUAACACAUGCUUUAUUAAUUACAUAUACAAAAAUUUAAUUUAGUUAGUUGGAGAUCUCACGCACAAAAAAAAUUAAACUAAAAGUCAACAGAUCUACUAUUAUUUCCUUUUCAUAUCACAAAGCAAACUUGGCCUACUACUUAAAUAAACACCAUCAAGAGAAAGAUUCAAGAACACACCUAACACACAAAAAAAGGAACUCCACUUUUUUCCACACCAUACCGCACCAUGUUUAGAGCCAUGAGCACUAGGAAAAUCCACGGUGGCUACGAAAAGCUCGGCGACGAAGAAGCGAGACUGAAGAGGGUCUCUAGCGUUCCAGCGAGUGUUUAUGGUCAAUCAAGAAACCCUGUUCAAGAGUUGAAGAAGACACCGACGGUGAAACCAACCGGUGGUUCUGUUCAUCCUUUGUUGAGUUUCUUUGACGUUCAUUUUCAACGGAAGAAGAAGAAGACGACGAAGAAAAAGAGUUUAGCGACGGCGAAACCGGAGUUUGCUAGGUAUAUGGAGUAUGUGAAGGAAGGAGGUGUGUGGGAUCCGAGUUCUAACGCACCUGCGAUUCAUUACAGAUAGAUUCGUCAAGGAAAAUGAAUAAAGAUUUGUAUAUCGUUUUUUUUUUAAUAUAUAUAAUCUAUGAGAAAAUCAAGAUUCGAUUCGGAAAGAUGGAUCAAACAAAGUAUUUGUCAUUUUUGUACGAAUUGAUGAGUGUUUUGUACACUUUCAUGGAGACUUAAAGAAUAAGAAAAAAUUCAAGGUCUUGACCUUAUUAUAUGAUCAAAAA